AUGUCUACACGACUAUUCACACGGCAGGAGGUUAGUACGCGAGAUCGCAAGGACAAUGCAGCGAUUAUAAUUGACAAUGUGGUAUACGAUGUCAGUGGGUUCCUUGAAGAUCACCCUGGAGGUGUCGAAGUGUUACUGAACAAUGCUGGACUAGACGCGUCGCGUUGUUUCCACGAUGUAGGACACAGCGAUGAUGCACGUGCCUGGCGCGAGCAGUAUAGGAUUGGAGAAGUGGUACCCGAGGAGCGGAGAGAAGUAAUAGCGUCUACAAACUCCCUGGGUUCCGAACUAAGCGCUGAUGAGCUAACGUGGCGUGGGUUAUUUGAUGUCUGGGCUCCGCCUUUGAUGAUGGGUAUCGCCGCUACCCUUGCUUAUAUUUACCUCUUUUAA